ACCAAAUGGUGAACGCCGAACGGGGCCCCCGAAUGGCAGCCUCAAACGCCGCUGCCGUCGUCCCGACUCGCCAACGGUGCUCACCUCGUUAGUCGCCAAGAGGCCAACGCUGUCCAGCCUGGUGUAUCACCAUGUGUGUAUUGAGCCAAAACCUCACCAACCUCGCAAACCAAGCCUAUAGUUAAUUAGCCAAUAGCCAGUGGCCUGUGACAGGCUAGCAGCAGCUCUGCUCAUCAGUCAUCACUAGCUCGUCUUCGCCUUCCUAUCAGGGUGUGUAGUGUGUGUGUGAGAGAGAGCCAUGGCGACGCAGCGGCUCGUGGCGGCGCUGGUGGCCUGCCUCCUGGUGCUGGCGGCGCUGCCGGUGCGCGGGCGCAACAUCACGGCCAUCCUGCAGGGGUACAAGGAGUACAAGCUGUACAACCAGUACCUAUCGGAGACGAAGGUGUGCGACGAGAUCAACUCGCGGCAGUCGACGUCGAUGACCAUCCUGGUGCUCUCCAACGACGCCAUGACGACGCUGGCCAAGGACGCCGGGGACUCGCUCCCCGCCAUCAAGAACGCGCUGCGCCUCCACUCGGUGCUCGACUACUACGACCGCAAGAAGGUGAAGAAGUACGGCGACGAGAGCGCCGCCACGCUGUACCAGGCCACGGGCGACGCCGCGGAGACCACGGGCAACGUCAAGGUGGUGGACCAGGAGGACAAGAACUACGGCUUCUCGGCGGCCACCGCGGGCGCCAGGAUCUGCACCGUCACCAAGGAAGUGGAGACGCACCCGUUCAAGUUCGCCAUCCUCGAGGUCACGGCGCCCAUCGAGUUCGACGGCCUCUUCGACGUCCCUUCCACCGCCAACCUCACCCGCCUCCUGGAGCGCGCCGGCUGCAAGGUGUUCGCGUCGCUGGCCGCCUCCACGGGCGUGCUCAAGUCGUACGAGGACGCCAUGGACAAGGGCCUCACCCUGUUCGCCGUCAACGACGACGCGUUCAGCGCCAAGGACGUGCCUGACGUCAAGACCAUGUCCAAAGCCAACCUCACCAAGCUCCUCCAGCUCCACGCCCUGCCUUCCUACAACACCAAGACGUCGCUCAAGUCCGUCAAGGGCUCGCUCCGCACGCUGGCCCCCAAGGACGACGUCAAGGUGGUCGCCAAGGGCGACGACGUCUCGCUCGACACCGGCAAGACCAGGUCCCGCGUCGCGUCCACGGUCGUCGACAGCGUCCCGUUCUGCCUCCUCACCAUGGACAGCCUCCUGGUGCCGCCGGAGCUCUACGUCGGCGCUCCGGAGGCGGCACCGGCGCCUGCGCCGGUGGACGCGCCACAGGGGUCCCCGCCCGCGGCGGAUGCACCGUCGGUGGCAGCGGACCACGCGGACCACAAGUCCAAGAAGUCUACGGCGUCGUCCGCCGUCGCGUCGCGCCCGGUCGCCGCGCUCGCCGCGACGGCCGUGUGUUCCGUCGUGCUCGCGUCCCUCUUGUGAUUGCGACGCAAUGCAACUGAGAGAACAUUUUGGCUACCUCCGGCUGCUGGCAGCACAUCCAUCCACUGUUGCUUGGCAGCUCCUCCGAUCUCUACUUCUGCCUCCUCCAAUCCAAGCAGAUACCCCGUUUCCCUGUGAUCUCUCUCCUCCGCUCUGUUCCGGCCGUUGGUUGAUUGAAUUUGUUGGUGCAUUGCCAUUUUCCCAUGUAAUUUGAGCAAAAAAAAACAUGUACAUUUCCCCCGGCAACGUAUCAUAUGCAACUCAUCUUCGUGUGCAA